AUGAAUUCGGAAGUAAAGGACUUUGUUUCCAAAUGCUCAAUCUGCCAGUCAUACCAGCCAGAUCAGUGCCGCGAGGAAUUGCAACCGUAUCCAAUCCCGUUGCGUCCCUGGUCGAUGCUAGGUGCCGAUUUUUUUGACCUUGGGCAACAACAUUUCUUUGUCCUAGUCGACUACUGGAGUGGGUUCUUUGAAGUCCAGGAGGUUAAGGUGGCCACAUCUGCUAGCGUGAUAGCUGCAUGUAAAGUACAAUUCGCCCGCCACGGGAUACCAGACGUGCUUAUUACCGACAACGGACCUCAGUUUACGUCAUCAGUGUUCAGUGCAUUCGUGAGAGAAUGGCAGUUUGAACAUAGAACUUCGAGCCCCCGUUACCCCCAGUCAAAUGGCCGCGCCGAGAAUGCCGUGAAGACCUGCAAGAACUUGAUGACGAAAGCGAAAGCGGAUGGGCAAGACCCGCUGUUAGCCCUUCUUGAUUGGCGCAACACCCCAACAGAGGGUCUAGGAACAUCACCC